AUCCAUCAUUAUUAUCAUCUCCGUCUCUCUUUCACGAACAAGAAUCAAUCACGAUGUGCGGAAUCUUUGCCUACGCUAAUUAUUUGGUCGAGAAGGACCGCAAAUGCAUUUGCGAGACUCUUUGCAAUGGUCUCUCUCGUCUCGAAUAUCGAGGCUACGAUUCCGCUGGCAUAGGUAUUGAUGGCGACAAGCCCACUGAAACGCUCCUUUUCAAGGAGGUCGGUAAAGUUGCGGGUCUGCGCAAGCGCAUUGCAGAAGCCAAGAUGGACACGGCCAAGACUUUCGUGUCCCAAGUCUCCAUAGCUCACACUCGCUGGGCAACGCACGGUGUUCCAUCUGUCAUCAACUGCCACCCUCUCCGUUCAGAUCCCAGUGCCGAGUUCACACUCGUCCACAAUGGUAUCGUCACUAACUGUGCUGAGCUCCGUCUCGUCCUCCAAAAGCGUGGGUAUAAGUUCGAGAGUGAAACGGAUACGGAAGCCGUUGCGAUUCUGACGAAGUACAUCUAUGACUCGCAACCGGAUAGACGCAUUAGCUUCACCGACCUUGUCAAGACCGUCUUGAAGGAGCUCGAGGGUUCCUUCGCGUUCGUUUUCAAGUCGAUCCACUAUCCCAAUGAGCUUGUCACUGCUCGCCGUGGUUCUCCCCUUUUGAUCGGUGUGAAGACCGAGAAAAAGUUGAAGGUGGACUUCGUUGAUGUGGAAUUCUCCGGUGAUCCAUCAGAUGUGAAGCCCGACCUGAUUGCGCCCACUUCGCCUACGAAACUUCUUGCUCCACCGUCUAACUCCCAUAUCUUCCGGUCUCAAUCACGUGCUUUCAUGUCGGAGGAUGGACUUCCUCAACCGAUCGAGUUUUUCAUCGCAUCCGAUGCGUCUGCGAUUGUUGAGCACACUAAGCGCGUCCUUUAUCUUGAGGAUGAUGACAUUGCGCACAUUGCGUCUGGUGAGCUGCACAUCCACCGUCUCCGUCGUCGUGACGAUGGUUCGCAGUCGCCUUCGCAGGCUGCGUCCACUCGUUCGAUCGAGACACUCGAGAUCGAGAUUGCGGAGAUUAUGAAGGGCAAGUUUGACCACUUUAUGCAAAAGGAAAUCUACGAACAGCCUGAAUCUGUCGUGAACACUAUGCGUGGACGCGUCAACUUCGAUAAUCAUAAAAUCACUCUUGGCGGCUUGCGUCAAUACCUUCCUAUCAUCCGUCGUGGCAGACGUAUCGUGUUCAUUGCAUGCGGAACGAGUUAUCACUCGUGCCUUGCGACACGUGCCAUUUUUGAAGAACUCACUGAGAUUCCGGUCUCCGUGGAGCUUGCAUCGGAUUUCUUGGACCGUAAGACCCCGAUUUUCCGUGACGAUGUCUGCGUUUUCCUCAGCCAGAGUGGAGAGACCGCAGAUACAAUCCUUUCACUCCGCUACUGCCUUGAACGUGGUGCGCUUUGCAUUGGUGUAGUGAAUACUGUCGGUUCUACGAUUUCUCGGGAAACGCACUGUGGGGUACACAUCAACGCCGGGCCGGAAAUCGGUGUUGCUUCAACGAAGGCAUACACUUCACAGUACAUUGUCUUGUUGAUGAUGGCUAUCCAACUCUCGGAAGACCGUCUGUCACUUACUGAGCGUCGUAAACAGAUCAUCGACGGCUUGCAUGCACUUCCGGGCCAGAUUAAGAGCGUGCUCGAAAGCGACAAGACACUUCAGCAACUUGCGACUAGUCAACUUGCAAACUCGCGGUCGCUGCUCAUUCUCGGCCGUGGACUUCAAUAUGCCACAUGUCUUGAAGGUGCUCUCAAGAUCAAGGAAAUCAGUUACAUGCACUCCGAAGGCAUUCUUGCUGGAGAGCUUAAGCAUGGACCUCUUGCGCUCAUCGACGAGAACAUGCCAGUGAUCAUCAUCAUGACGCGUGACUCCCUUUACCCGAAAGUGAAGAACGCUUUCGCACAAAUUACCGCACGCAAGGCUCAGCCGAUUAUUAUUUGCAAUGAGGACGACACGACCAUGCCCAAAGAUGCAAAGACGAUCCGCGUACCUGAGACCGCCGAUUGUCUGCAGGGUAUUCUCAACAUUAUCCCGCUUCAGUUGCUCAGCUACCACCUUGCCAUCAAGAAUGGAUUUGAUGUUGACUUCCCAAGGAACUUGGCGAAAUCCGUCACGACUGAAUAAACGGCGGGAUGUAAAACCCAAAAUAGGGACGACACGUCGCGGAUUCUUUCGAACUCGUGAACAAUCCUGUACCUUUUUUGUUCCGGACACUCGGUUUACCUUUCUCGUACCCCAGACUUCCUCAAAUCCUUCCUCAACUCCCCCCUAUUGCAGUUCCGAAUAAUGAACGCUUUGAACAAAACUGCGUGUAUGACCUCGGGUUCCAUGGGCCCGUGAACGGACCUUAUUCUCUCGCUCGUAGUGUAGCUCUUGAUCGUCUAUAGGUGGCGAGAAUACCUGUAUAAUGAUAGCAUAGAAAUCAAAAUGAC